ACCUCUCGGCUAAUCGCCUGGUGCAAAUCUAAUGAUGAUGAAUGCAUAAAACUCUUCUCCGAUUCUGUGAAGGACACCAAAGACCAGGGGAGGAAGAAGAAGCAGAGCGGUACUCCAAAGGAAACAUACUACUUGCAGCUUGCAAAUGCUAUAUUUUCAAAUGACGAGGAUCCUGAAGUACGGCGCCUCUUCCGGACAAAGCCUGGCACUUUGAUUAAGCUUGUC